AAAAGCAUUGCUCGUACGUUUCUGAAAAACGUUUCUUCCUCGAAAUGGAGUCUUCAUAAAAACACGAAGAAAACACCCUUGCGUAUUACCAAUACGAUGUAACAUACAACACACAAUGAUAGAUCUUUUCGUGAAGGUACGACGAAGGAUAUUACGCGUAUACCUUGUGACGAAAGAAAAAAUUCGAAACUUGUGUCGUAAUAGACAUAGCUCAGCGAAAAUGACAAGAUACUCUUCGAUCGACAAAUCAACAGUCGUCUGACAGCAAGCUCGUUAGGUGAAUUCUACAGCAAGUGCCCGUCGUCCCGAGUAGAUCACAAUAGACUUAUCUCCUUCUCCUACAUUUUCCAUGCUCGGUCGUACGACGACCGAUGGAAAAUCAAGUCCCACGUACCUAAGCGUCACCAGCACAGUGUCCAGCACUCCGUCUAAUCGGAUAAAAAUACUAUAAGAAGCAUUAUCUUUCAGCGCGGAUAAAUCGCGAACGCACACAGCUGAGCCGUGCAUGCGCCAUUGGGGAAAAUUCACAACGGUCGUCAAAACCGCCGGACACGAAAGACCUAUGAAAAAUACGAAACACUUUGAUACACUUCCGCGUUAACGCGCGAAAAGGAGGAGCCGAGGCUUUUCCGAGGCUAUUGCUUCCAUUAAAAGAAAAUAAAGGAGAGGAGGAAAAAAGUAGAGAAGGAAAGUGCAAAAGACGAGGAUAAAAGGAAGAUAGAUAUAAAGAAAAGAAGAAAAAGAGAGGCAGACGGAGAGAGAGAGAGAGAGAGAGAGAGAGAGAGAGCGAGAGGGAGGGAGAGAGGGGAAGAGAGGGAGAGAGAGAGAGAGAGAGAGAGAAGAGAAAGAAAAAAUCCAAAUCUGUCCGCGUCCAAAUCGAACGUAUCGAAUCGAACGGUUCUGAUUUUAUGAUCCGCGCUCCUGCAUAUUAUUGUUUUUGAUUUCAGUCGAUGAUGAAGUUGAUGCUUCUCGACGUGUAUAUAUUUUUACAAACGGUACUGUGCUCAAUAUAUUGGGCUUUUUUCGACGAGAAACAGCGUAAAAUAUUUUCAAGACAGAGUAUCAACGACUUCGGAAAAAUGACGUAAUGGUGUACGCGACAGACAAGAUGGCGGUGGCAUUCUGUGCAUAGACCGAUAUACAAGCUUUUACAACGUCUAAACGUUACGUUGGUCGAAAAAUUGGUUAAUUCGAGAAGACAAGCUUUUUCGGUAACAAAGUUACACGGACAAAACGUAGAAACCUUUCUUCGUUAUUAUUUAUCGUUUGUUAUUAUGGAAAAGUCUAUAGUUUUCCCGCGCGUAUUUUGACGAUCGUAGGUACAGCCUACGCAUUUUUUUGGCAUCGUUUAUGUGAUAUUCCGUAUUUAUAGCGACGGGAGACGUCGCGUAAGAAUAGAGAUGGGUCUACCUUGUGACUGGCAGAUCAGCAAGCAAAAGAUAUCCGAACGUGGUAGAUAUUUGCUUGAGACAGGACAAUGGUCGGACUGCAAAUUUAUCGUUGGUCAAGAACCCCAUCAGGAAACAUUGAAAGGACAUAAAUUGUUUUUGGCAAUGUCUAGUCCGGUAUUUGAAGCUAUGUUUUACGGAGGUAUGGCAGAAAAGAAUGAUCCUAUACAGAUACGCGAUGUUCAACCGGAUGCAUUCAAGGCAUUAUUAGAAUACAUAUAUACGGAUCGCGUUAAUCUUGGUUCAUUUGAACUUGCCUGUGAAUUAUGCUAUUGCGCAAAAAAAUACAUGUUGCCGUCCUUGGUGGAAGAAUGUAUGCAAUAUCUGUGGUUCGAUUUGUCGCCAAAGAUAGCUUGUAGAGCCUAUGAGUUUGCAAAACUUUUUGAAGAACCUGUGCUCAUGGAAAAGUGUUUACAAAUAAUAUGCACUAAAACAAAUGAGGUUCUAGAGGAACCUAGUUGGGAAGAAGUAGAAUUGGGUACAGUAAUUACUGUAUUAGAACAAGUUGAUCUAGAGAUUAAUUCAGAACUUGAUUUGUUUACUGCUGUUGAACGAUGGGCUAAGGCAGAAUGUGCAAGAAAGUCGCUUGAUCCAACUGACGGAAAGUCUUUGAAGUCUGUAAUUGGUAAUGCUUUAUCAAAAAUUAGAUUUUUAACUUUGACACCGCAAGAAUUUGCUGAAAGUCCAGGAAUGUCUCCAUUGUUAACUCAAGACGAAGCUUUUGCUAUUUUAAUGAAUAUAUUAUGCACAGAAAAUAAAGCACCAUUACCCGAAGGAUUUUCCAGUGAUACGCACAAUAGGGCAAAACCAUUGAUGAAAGCACAGUCGACACAUUUUUGUCCAUCUAAGCACAGACGGGUGUCCACACCACAUACCAAUUCGUUUAGUUCAUGUACAUUUUGGCCCUCAACGUCUCUACACUACCAAUUAUCUUAUAAUAAUGAAGGAGAAGGUGGUAGUAAUACUUUACACAAUGCACCACCAAUGGUAGUCGAAGGAGGAACAAGAAAAGAUUCUGGAAAUUUAAGUCAAACGAAUAAUCCAUCUACAGUUAUAAUUGAAGGUGGAAUUCGUGAGGGACCAAAGUAUUAUUGUCUUCGAGCGAUAGCCCAUCAAACGGACUGCCUUAAUAGCAAUGUUUUAGAUUGUUCUGUGGCAUUUAGUGUGGACAAAAACAUUUGUGUUAUGGGUGUGCAAGUACCAACACAAAUUGCAACUGUGGCAAGUAAUUUACAUCAAAAUUCAGAUCCUGAUACGUCAUAUACAGAAAUACUGUAUGCUCAUCUUUUAGAUUCUGAUGGCAGUCGUUUAACAUACACACAUUUUACUACUAAAGUAAAUGUUGGAACACUCGUGGAAAUUACAUUUAAUCGACCUGUUUACAUACAAAAACACAAGAUUUAUCGCGUGGGUGUAGUCUUUAACAAAGUUGGUUGGUAUCCAAUGGGACUCUGCACGCAACAUAUGACCUGUGAUUCUGUAUUCUUUUCAUUUGGAAUCGGUAAUACUGAUCACAGUGUCAGAGAUGGUCUCAUUCGUUCGAUUGUGUUCACUUAUUAACGUCAACGAUCAAAUCGUGUGUCGUUAAAAAAUUUUAAAUACGUAUUUUGGAUUUGUGAUAAGACAAAUGUCUACCCUAUUCUGUUAUGUAUAUUACAUUGUUAUUUUAUCUUUUAAAUUUGAUUUCAAUCAUCAUAAGAAUAUUGGAAACGUAAGAAAUUGUACAAAUAAUACUCAUUGGUUCUAGUUAUAAAAAAAGUAGUGAUGGACAAAUUGUAAUUUAAUCGUUUCCUAAUAACAUGUAAUUAAUUGUAUUGAAAGCUAUAAUAAGGAAACUUAGUGUACGUAUUUAGAAUUAGGUUUGCCAUUUCACACUGACAAAUUAAUAUAAAUACGACUAAGAAAAAUACACAAUUAAAUAUUAUGUUGUGAAUAAUCUGGAAAUAAUUGAAUUAUAACUUGUUCAACAGAGAAGGAAAAUCUGUGUACAAACAAACUUUUUUUAACUUAUAUGAAAAUAUCAAGUUUUCUGUACAAAAACAAACCUGGAUUUUACGGUUUAAAUACCCUUAUUAAAGAUUCAAUCGCAUAUAAACAGAAUGUAGCAUUGACUUUCCCUUAAAAAGUUUUAGCUUUUUAAAAAUACUAUAUAAUCAGUCUCGUAAAUUAAUUUAAUAACAUUAACGAUUUUUUUGUUUAUUUAAAUGUAUAUCAUAUGUCGUUUUUAAAUGUUUAUAUAUAACAUUUGAUAGUACGCGCAAAAUUAAAUUAGAAAAAAUUCUAACAUAUUACAUACUAAAAUUAUCUGUUUGUGUUCCUCUUCUGCAUUAUCCGAGUAUUGCUAUGUAUUUGUCGCAAUUUAAUGGUAUGAAAACUUUUAAUAAAUCUCUUUAUAUUUACGCUUUUUUAAUUGAGUUUAACUAUAUACAUUUGGACAUUAUUAUUAUUAUUAUAAUUAUCCAAAUGUGCAUAAUUAUAUGCUAUAAACGAA